UGCCUCUUAAACAGUAAACUAUAUAGUCGUCAAUCGGGGAGUAUUUCGGUCUAUGGUUCACUCACUGCCACUUCAUUUUAUCAAAAAACCAAAACAACGGCAACAAAAACCAGUAAACGAAAAAACAAAAAACGCAGAGAUAAACAUGUUUCCAAUUCUCAGAUUGGGCCGAUCGUCGUCCCUAAAACGCAUCGUUACGGCGAGCUCUCUCUUCCAGAACGACCUUCAAUCCCCAAACCCCACCACCACCACCACCACCACAAAAACCACUGCGACUGGAAUCGGAGAGCAUAGCCGGACCCAUUUCCGCCGGAAGUCUGACGGUCCGACCUCAACAUUCGGCGGUGGAGAGUACGAUCACAUUAGGGCUGACGUCAACUGUCCCCGAUGCUCCAAGCAAAUGCCGGUCAUCUUUUCGAACCGUCCGUUGUCGAUUACGGGCAGAGAGACGGGGCUUUACCAGGCGGUCAAUCUGUGCCCCAAUUGCAAGACGGCUUUCUAUUUCAGACCCUUCAAGCUGACUCCUUUGCAAGGAAGCUUCGUUGAGAUUGGUCGGGUUAAGGGAUCAAAGGACUCGGAGGGGAAUUCGGAGAAAGAUGGUGAGCAAUUUGGACGCGAAGAUGUCUCUGCCGCCGCUGAUACGGCGUCGUCGGUAAAGGAGAAUCGCGAUAAGGUGGAUGGCGAUGGCGGUGGUUGUGGUGGUCUAGGCGAGGCGAAUUUGCGGAAGGAUUUGAAUUUGCCGACGCCUAAGGAGAUUUGUAAGGCGCUCGACGAGUUUGUUGUUGGCCAAGAGAAAGCGAAAAAGGUGCUUUCUGUUGCAGUUUACAAUCAUUAUAAAAGACUAUAUCAUGCCUCUGAUCACCCCAAAAGGUCUGGUGGACAAAUGGAUAAUUAUCUCGAUAAUGAUGACAUUGAUUCUGUGGAAUUAGAGAAAAGUAAUGUAUUAUUGAUUGGUCCCACUGGGUCAGGGAAGACCUUACUUGCAAAAACUCUAGCCCGUGUUGUGAAUGUGCCAUUCGCCAUUGCUGAUGCAACAACAUUAACGCAGGCAAGCUAUGUUGGAGAGGAUGUGGAGUCAAUAUUGCAUAAACUGCUAAUGGAGGCUGAGUUCAAUGUGGAAGCAGCUCAGAAAGGGAUUGUCUACAUUGAUGAAGUUGACAAGAUAACAAAGAAGGCUGAGAGCUUAAACAUUGGCAGAGAUGUAUCUGGAGAGGGUGUUCAACAGGCACUGCUAAAAAUGUUGGAAGGAACUGUAGUGAGUGUUCCUGAUAAAGGAGCAAGGAGACAUCCCCGUGGUGAUAGUAUUCAGAUGGAUACAAAAAAUAUUCUUUUCAUAUGUGGUGGAGCAUUUGUUGAUUUGGAGAAGACCAUUUCAGAAAGAAGGCAAGAUUCUUCCAUCGGCUUUGGAGCACCAGUUCGUGCAAACAUGAGAAGCAGUAGAGUUUCUGAUGCUUUAGUGACAUCAUCAUUGUUGGAAUCUGUAGAAAGUGGUGAUCUUAUUGCAUAUGGUCUUCUGCCUGAAUUUUCUGGGCGCCUUCCAAUUUUAGUGAGCUUGUCAGCUUUAAAUGAGGAACAGCUGGUUCGGGUCCUAACAGAACCAAAGAAUGCUCUUGGUAAGCAGUACAAGAAGAUGUUCGGCAUGAACAAUGUAAAAUUACAUAUUACUGAGAAUGCUUUGAGAUUGAUUGCAAAGAAAGCAAUGGCAAAGAAUACUGGUGCCCGAGGCUUAAGAGCCAUAUUAGAAGAUAUCCUUACUGAAGCAAUGUUUGAGAUUCCAGAUAUCAAGGAAAACAUCGAUGGUGUAGAUGCAGUUUUGGUUGAUGAAGAAGCAGUUGGAUCAGUGCAUGCUCCAAGUUGUGGUGCAAAAAUUCUUCGUGGAAAUGGUGCAUUUGAGAGAUAUCUUCAUGAAACAAAGACAGGAGAGCCUAUGGUUGAAGGUGGAAAUGGUGAGAACGAAAACUGGCAGAGAGAAUCAGAGAUUCAACAAAAAACCAUGAGAUUGUAAUUUCUUUCUUGAAAUAGUUUGUACAAAGUUCUUUGUAUGUAUAUGGACACUAGCUAGAUUGUAUAUAUGCUUCCAUCUCAAAUUAUUAGGACUUCAA